AACUCAUCCCCCCAAUUCACACACAAAAACUCCCACUUCUGACUCAACUCAAGUACACUCUUGUCUCUUCUUUUCCUCAUAUCUUCUCAUACAAUCAGCGUGCACUUAGUCACACCUUCAAAACCUGCACUUUUCUCUCUUUUAAGCUUUUAACAAUGGUGAUCCAUGCAAUAAUCUUCUUAUUUCUUCUCACUUUCCCACCAUUUUUAUUCACUGUUGCUGCUAAUUUAGAAGGGGAUGCUUUAUUUGCAUUGAGAAGAGCAGUAAUUGACCCAGGAAAUGUGUUGCAGAGUUGGGAUCCAACCCUUGUUGAUCCUUGUACUUGGUUUCAUGUUACUUGUGACCAUCAUAAUCGAGUUACUCGCCUGGAUCUGGGAAACGCAAAGCUAUCAGGUAAAUUAGUUCCGGAGUUGGGAAAGCUUGAACGCCUUCAAUACUUGGAACUCUACACAAACAACUUUGUAGGCGAAAUACCAAAGGAGCUUGGUGGACUGAAGAGCCUUAUGAGCUUAGAUUUGUUUCACAAUAAUCUCACUGGUCCAAUUCCUUCGUCACUCUCCAAGCUCUCCAACCUUAAGUUCCUGCGAUUGAACAACAACAAUCUGACAGGACGAAUUCCUAGAGAGCUUACGAAGCUUGGGAACCUUAAGAUUUUAAAUGUGUCAAACAAUAACUUGUGCGGUACCUUUCCGACUUCGGGUUCCUUCUCCAAGUUUACAGAACAGAGUUUUGUGAACAAUCCCAGGAUAGAAGGACCUGAGUUGCUCGGGUUCGUGCGAUAUGAUUCCGGAAGAGAAUGUAACUGAAGUUUGAGGAGAGACCCAAGAUUAUUUGGCUAUAAAUCAAUUAUGUAAUUGGAGUAUUUCAUAGUUAACAUUAUACUGCAUCAGAAAGGGAAAACAAGCAGUAAUCCUUUGGAUUCACAGUCUGAUAACUAGACAAAAACUCUAGUGUUGGAUAAAUCCUUAAUUUUUUCACUUUGGUUUUGUCCCUGAAAUGUAAUAUAUCAAUUAACACCCACAACUACUUAUCAUGAGACUGGUUUAAUUCCUAAGUAAUAGUAUAGAUUGACUGA